CAUUUUGAUCGUAAGUAUUCCAUUUGGUCGUAAUAUAGCAUUUCAUCGUAAUAUUUCAUUUGAUCGUAAUACUGCAAUUGAUCGCAAUGAUGUAAUUGAUCGUAAUAUUCCAUUUGAUCGUAAUAUUCCAAUUGGUCGUAAUAUAGCAUUUGAUCGUAAUAUUCCAUUUGAUCGUAAUAUUCCAUUUGAUCGUAAUAUAGCAAUUGAUCGUAGUAUUCCAUUUGGUCGUAAUAUAGCAUUUGAUCGUAAUAUUCCAUUUGAUCGUAGUAUUCCAUUUGCAUUUGGUCGUAAUAUAGCAUUUGAUCGUAGUAUUCCAUUUGGUCGUAAUAUAGCAUUUGAUCGUAAUAUUCCAUUUGAUCGUAAUAUUCCAUUUGGUCGUAAUAUAGCAUUUGAUCGUAAUAUUCCAUUUGAUCGUAAUAUUCCAUUUGGUCGUAAUAUAGCAUUUGAUCGUAAUAUUCCAUUUGAUCGUAAUAUUCCAUUUGAUCGUAAUAUUCCAUUUGAUCGUAGUAUUCCAUUUGCAUUUGAUCGUAAUAUUCCAUUUGAUCGUAAUAUUCCAUUUGGUCGUAAUAUAGCAUUUGAUCGUAAUAUUCCAUUUGGUCGUAGUAUUCCAUUUGGUCGUAAUAUAGCAUUUGAUCGUAAUAUUCCAUUUGGUCGUAGUAUUCCAUUUGGUCGUAAUAUAGCAUUUGAUCGUAAUAUUCCAUUUGGUCGUAAUAUUCCAUUUGAUCGCAACGCUGUAAUUGAUCGUAAUAUUCCAUUUGAUCGUAAUAUUCCAUUUGGUCGUAAUAUAGCAUUUGAUCGUAAUAUUCCAUUUGAUCGUAAUAUUCCAUUUGGUCGUAAUAUAGCAUUUGAUCGUAAUAUUCCAUUUGGUCGUAAUAUAGCAUUUGAUCGUAAUAUUCCAUUUGGAUCCAUUGAUCGUAAUAUUCCAUUUGAUCGUAAUAUAGCAUUUGAUCGUAAUAUUCCAUUUGGUCGUAAUAUAGCAUUUGAUCGUAAUAUUCCAUUUGAUCGUAAUAUUCCAUUUGAUCGUAAUAUUCCAUUUGAUCGUAAUAUUCCAUUUGAUCGUAAUAUUCCAUUUGAUCGUAAUAUAGCAUUUGAUCGUAAUAUUCCAUUUUAUCGUAAUACUGCAAUUGAUCGCAACGCUGUAAUUGAUCGUAAUAUUCCAUUUGAUCGUAAUAUUCCAUUUGGUCGUAAUAUAGCAUUUGAUCGUAAUAUUCCAUUUGAUCGUAAUAUAGCAUUUGGUCGUAAUAUUCCAUUUGGUCGUAAUACUGCGUUUGGUCGCAACGCUGUAAUUGAUCGUAAUAUUCCAUUUGAUCGCAACGCUGUAAUUGAUCGUAAUAUUCCAUUUGAUCGCAACGCUGUAAUUGAUCGUAAUAUUCCAUUUGAUCGCAACGCUGUAAUUGAUCGUAAUAUUCCAUUUGAUCGCAACGCUGUAAUUGGUCGUAAUAUUCCAUUUGAUCGCAACGCUGUAAUUGAUCGUAAUAUUCCAUUUGGUCGUAAUACUGCGUUUGGUCGCAACACCGCAUUUGGUCGUAAUAUUGCAUUUGGUCGCAACAUUGCAUUUGGCCGCAACACCGCAUUUGGUCGUAAUAUUGCAUUUGGUCGCAACAUUGCAUUUGGCCGCAACACCGCAUUUGGUCGUAAUAUUGCAUUUGGUCGCAACAUUGCAUUUGGCCGCAACACCGCAUUUGGUCGUUAUAUUGCAUUUUUUCGCAACAUUGCAUUUGAUCCAUUCGAUCGCAACAUGCAGAAAUUGAGAAAGGGAAUCGAUCAGUAA